AUGCUCCUGCCAGCCGUCAUCGGACUGAUUUCGUUCGGGCUCGCCUCAGCCGACGGCCUAGUCGCCCAGGGAAAAAUCCUGUGCCAAGGCCGUCCCGCGCAGAAUAUGCCCAUCUACCUCUACAGCAGGGGUGACCCCGGAAGCAACUGGUUCCACCCCAUCGCCGAAACGCGCUCGAACGCGAACGGCGACUUCCUGUUCCAAUUUGCGGGACAACGAAUCUCCGACGACAGCUACCUGCAGAUUCCGCACCGUUGCGCGUAUGUGACGCCGUACACCUGGCAAGUCGGCACUCUCGAGCUCUCCGGACGCUCCGAUCAGCUGCAAUGUCAAGGAAAGAGAGUGCUCAAACAAGCCGAACCGACGGAACAAGAACUUCCGGAAGAUGGGCUAAUCUGUACGGUCGGCAGCGUUGGGCCUGUGCCUGGAGAAGAAGGCGAGACUUCUGAAGGCCAUAAACUCUGCGUCCCCGUAGUCGUCGGCAGAAUUGCGGACAUUACUGACGAGCCAGCGGAUGAGUCUGCUACCCCGACCGAGCAGAUUCCGUGGCGCUACAGGGGACACUUC